AUGGCCCCCUCCGAAUCAUCAAUUCUGAGUAAUUUUCUUUUGACGCCGGCUUCAUUGCCGACUGUCAUGUCGCUGCAAAAAUUCACUGAGCUCUUUCCGAAACGACUGCGGUCUCAUCCGCAUGUCAGGGUGCUGUAUCGCGAAUUGCAGCAGCUACGCGAGCAAGACAUGGAUUUGGUCAAUGAGAAUAUCGACAAGGAAAUUGAUCAAGGGGAGACGCAAAAAGCGGAUCUUCGCAAAGCCAUGAUGGAAGCCGGCGUCGAUGGCUUGAGUGCAGAUGAUCAGCGCGAAAUGGAUCUAGACAUUCAACUCUUCGGCCAGGCAUCUGCCAGCCCCCGGGAAUACCAUUCCGUGUCGAGUCUCCUGUCCGCGAUGGAUGCAGCCUGUUCAAGCAUUGAGCAGGACAUUGAGGGGGUGGACAAAGACGCGAGCAACCUUCUCUCCGAGCUCAACUCUACGGUCGGCGAAAUGAGCGAUCUGCGUUAUGGGAAGAUGCAGGGCCCUGCUGGAACUUCCGGAGAAGAAGUGGUAAAUGAAGCCGUCAAAGGUCUUCGGAACCUCGAAAACGCUUCUUCUGGCGCAGACCUCCGCAACAUGCCCUCCAUCCCUCUCCAUCCUCACGCGUCCUCCGCGGCCGGUUCCCCUUCUUCCCCCGCCAAUCCCCUCCCCCAACUGCUUCAGACCCCCUCUGGUCUCGCAAUCCUUGAGCUACAGGGCACGAUAAACGUGCCGUCUCAAGAUGGCCAAGACGACGAGUCCGAUCCGACUGGGGCAGGCAGCGACUCCAUCGAUCCCAACACCCCCGCGUUCGAAACCCCGAUCGGCAAGCUCAUGUUUCCGGACUACUCGCCCCAAACUACUCUUCCGGACGAUACGAAGUGGAUGAAACGGGUUUAUCUAUAUGUUGGCAGAUACCAGCGGAUGACGGGGGAGGUGAAGAAACUACCGCAGCCGCUUGCUGUGGUUCAGAAGCGACCAAAUACCGACAGUGAAGAGCUGGAAAUCGUUGAGAUCGUGAAGUUCAAAUUACUCUUCAAGAAUCGACCUGAGCCUGUCAAUGACAGUUGA